AGAGAUUGUUUUGGAGAGGAUUGUCUAUCCAGUCAGCCCCUGGUCAAGGCUAUGGUUGACAUUUGUGAGAUUGGAAAUACGGUACCGGGAGAAUUCAAGAGCCCUGAGGAAGAAAUUCGAGACUCUAGGCUGAAUUACACAGAGGACGAAGAGCUCGAGCAGCUAAUACAUGGAAAUGUCUGCAUGGUCGAUUAUCCUGGUGAAGGUAGCAAAGACUGUAGAAUCGGCAGAAGGGUCGUUCUUUCCGGUGAUUUUAAUCCAUUGCAUGAAGGUCAUCUUACAUUGAUGAGCACGGCAUGCACCCUUGUGCAAGGCAGCAAUCCAGGAAGCUCUGGAUGUGGCGGACGAUGCCUUUCAAGCCCAGCUUCGUGACAUGAUGACGUUGCUGGCCUGCCGCAAGCAGUGGGGCAGUGCAGCGAUUGGGAAGCUCGCAUUCCAGAGAGUCUUGCAAGAGACUUUGAGGUUGUAAUAAAAACAACUAUGCAGCAAGCUUAUAGACAAUA